AUGGUGAUAGUGUUUGACCGAAUGAUGGACGUCGUGGUGGCCCCUGUAGCCAGCCCUGAAUCACUGGAUUGAUAUCAGCGACCUGGCCGCUGCCUCCACCUGCCCCGAUCGGGAGACAGAUUACGAUCACCAGUAUGUGUCACUAAGCUCAACGACGAGAUUUCGGUGUCAGGUGCCACGUGGCACGCGCGCCGCACGCGCAUAUAUCAUAGCUCGCACAUGUAGUCGACACCUGCUUCCUACACACCACGAUCAAUGAUAUCGCUCUCAGGUUAUGAACCCCUACGUGAUUCAUUGCACCUCGCAACCUCUUGAAGCUCACCUCACUAGUUGCGCCCACCCGUUGAAGCUCACCUCGCGGGCCUCCCGCCCCACUUGGUGCGUUUGAGACGAAUUCCAUCCACGACGUAGGCUACGCGUAGCUAACCUGAAGCACACCUCAGGGACAAUGGCCCCUUCCAACUCAUCACCGACGCCGGUGACGGGAAGCUUCAAAACACCUCCCAUCGCCCCUCUCACAUCUGGAAACUACACAGAAAUGGAAGUGGAAGAUGGAGAAUGCCCUCUCGUUAGAGGGCCUCCUCCCUUGGGUGAACGGCCAUUGGCCCCGACCCAACAAGGAAAACACCAAGUACGAGGACGCCGCAGGCACGACUCGCACCCUGACCUACACCCAGCUGUUUCAAAGACAGCACAACUGGGAUGAAGCUGACAGAAAGGCUAUGACCAUGAUUCGCAUUAAUGUGGGACCCUUGGAAAUCAGGUACCUUCGCGAUCUGACCACCGCGCAUGCAUCGUGGAAGAACAUCACAGAGAGGUACAAACGCAGAGGUACCACUGAGCAGGUACGGCUGCUGCGUCAAUGGCAGACCCUCACCAUGCGUACUGGAGAGACGGGAGAAGAGCUCUGUGCAAGAGCAUCUCAAAUGCUAGACGAACUCGACAUGAUGCAACUUCUACCAACGCCGAAGAUGCAAGCAAUCACUCUUCUAGGCGCUCUGGAUGCAUCGUACGCUCCUCUUGCCAUGUCCCUUGAGACGAGGGACAACCUUGACUUCCAAAUCGUCGAGUCUUCUAUUCGUCAAGAAAGCGCCCGCCGCAACAUGGCCGACGACAUGGGUACCAGAGCCCUCAUGGCGCGAGGUCAACCGAAGCGCCCCAUCCGCCCCAAGUGCACCCACUGUCACAAGUUUGGCCACGUUGCCAAAGACUGCUGGGAGAAGGACAGCCCCAGACCUGAACAAGCGCACAUGGCGGACGAUGACGAGGACGACCACUUUGAAGAGCCCGUGGGUAUGGCAGCCAUGGCAUUGGAUCGCUCCACCCUCACCGAGGACUGGUCGCAACUAUACACGCCAAACGUGUCCACACCGUCGCGUGCCUCACCUGCGCCUCAUGCCUCGCCUAAGUACUCUCCUCUUCGAUCGCCGGCGAGUACCAACCCAUCUCCGUCGCCAUCUGGUGUGGCCACACCAUACGAGUUUGAUGAUGACUCGCAAAUGUAUGCUUGGAGCAUCACCGACAGCACGGGCACCACGACGAUCCUAGCUAUCGACAGUGGCGCAUCAACCCACAUGACCAAUGUCCGCGAAAGCAUUCACAAUUACCGAAAACUUUCUUUCCCACGUCGAAUUCGCACGGCAAAUGGUGGUGAAUGCACAGCUCUAGGAUACGGCGACCUCGUCCUUGUGACAUCGGCACAUGGUACGAUAACCUUACCCAGUGUUCUCUACGUCCCGGGUUUACAGGCAACUCUCAUUUCUGUCUCGCGCCUGGUCCGCUCUGGGUCUAGAGUAGUCUUCGAGGGUGAGAUGUGCACCGUUAUUGACAAGCAAGGGUCCGUGGCCGUCCAGGCACAUAUCAGCUCCAGCAACGUCUAUGCCAUCGACGCUAGUCCAGAACAAGCUCAAGCGGCAGAGGCGUUGCUCACGGCUCAAAACAUCACAUCGUUAUGGCACGCGCGCUUAGCUCAUGCCCCUCAUGCAGUUGUCAGGACCCUCUGCAAGGGAGGCUAUGGCGUCAACGUGGAUGUAUGCGAGCUGGAUACUUGCGACACUUGUUACAAGGCAAAGUCUAAGUUGUCCCCCUUUCUAGAGACCGGCGCCCACCGCGAGUCCGAGAUACUUGCGCGUGUGCACUCUGACGUCUCUGGACCGUACAGCACGCCUGGGUUAUUGGGAGCACGCUACUUUGUGGUCUUUGUCGACGACUUCUCGCGUAUGGCAUACACGGUAUGCAUCAAAAACAAAGACGACGUGCUGCCAGUCUUCAAAACUUACAAGCUAAUGAUGGAGAAGGCCACUGGCAAAGACAUCAAGAAGUUCAGAAGCGAUAAUGGCGGUGAAUACGAUGGUCUAAAGCCGUUCCUCCUAAGUCAAGGCAUCACCAUCGAAAGAUCACCCCCCAAGCGUCAAGCCCUAAACGGCGUAGCUGAACGCAUGAUUCAAACCAUCCGUCAGCGAGCGCGUUCCAUGAUGCUUCAUGCCAAGCUACCCAAACACUUCUGGUCCGCGGCUAUUGAUUGCGCUACGUACCUCACAAAUCGUCUCCCGAGUGCGGCCAACAACGACAUGACACCUGUCGAGAAAUGGUCGGGUGAUAAACCCAACCUUAGCUUCCUUCGAGUAUUCGGUUCCACGGCGUACGUCCACAUCGACAAGUCCAAACGCGCAUCAAAGUUCAGCGAAACAGCAGAGAAGUGCACAUUCAUUGGCUACGCUCCAGGAACAGCUGCUUAUUGGUUCUGGUCACCUGAGCGACACAAAGUCAUUGUGUCGCGUGACGCACGCAUCCUGGAACUUGAGGAUCUCGACGACGUCGCCGCCUCUGAGCCUCAGGGUCUCGAUAGCAGUAUUAGUGAUUCGGACGAAGUUGUCACACCGCCAGACAGUCCAGCAGUGCCUGGAACCGCCGCUCCCCUUGCUCCAAAGCGCCCGCAGCGCGAGUGACGCCUCCCAGGUAGACUGACUGACUUUGCAGCCCACCUUGCCUGCGAGGACGAAGGAGGAGCUGCAGGCUCGGGAGAAGCAGACCAAAUUGUCGAGCUUGCCGCAGUGGCUAAAGCAAGCGAUGCCACCAUUGCGCCCUCAGAUACCGAACCCCGCUCUUACAAAGAGGCCAUGGCAUCCGUCAACGCCCAGCAUUGGAAAGACGCCAUGGCAACGGAAAUCAGCAAUCUGAAACGUGCACAGUCGUUCGAAGUCGUCGAUAAUCCUACCACUCACGCUCCGGUCAGUGUGCGUUGGGUUUGCAAGGUCAAGCGCGACCACCAUGGAGAGGUGAUCCGCUAUGGAGCACGACUGGUGGCCCGCGGUGAUCAACAAACCGAUGGCAUCGAUUACGAAGAAAUCUUCGCUCCAGUUAGCAAGCUUGCCUCCAUCAGGAUCUUCAUCGCCCUGGUCGCCUCUUGGAAAUGGUUCAUGGUAUCCUUCGACUUUGUGUGCGCCUUCCUUAACGCGCCGCUGGAGACCGAGGUCUUCUGCAAAAUUCCGGAGGGGGCACCGCCUGAUUGCGGUGAUCAACGCACACAGUCAUGGAGUCUCAAGCGCUCUCUGUAUGGUCUCAAGCAAUCAGGUCGAAACUGGUACAACACGCUCGUUGCCGACCUUGAGGCAAUGGGCUUUGAACGAAACGACGCAGAGCCGUGUCUCUUCUAUCACAGCGACAUGCAAGUCAUGAUCGCCGUCUAUGUCGACGAUGUCUUAAUGGCUGCAAAGUCUCGCGAGAACAUCACCAAGAUUCACAAGUGGUUGAGUGCCAAAUACGAAAUGACUGGAGGAGACGACGCGACCUUCAUCCUGGGCAUACAGAUCCUGCGCGCAUCGUCAACCGCAGGACUGAUAGCCUUGUCUCAGCAAACCUACAUCGAGAACAUCCUUGCGCGUACGAACAUGCUUACUGCCAAGCCUGCGCCAACCCCCCUCAGCGCAAGUGUCAAGUUGUCCAAGAGCCAAUGUCCAUUGCACGAUGACAAGGAGCAUGUAAUGACGCGUCUUCUGAGUGAAGACGUAUGCCGGCGCAAGUAA